AUGAAAGGCACGAAGUACAAUCUCAAACAGCUUAAAAUGGACACUGUUUCUCCUGCAACUAGACUGCUUGUAUUCUCUAUCUAGGACAAACGGCGCCUUAUGUACCAAGUGCAAGAAGCUUUUGAACGUCAAAAAGAAGAAGAAAACCGCCGCCUUGAAAUUUUCAACAGCAAAGAAGAAGAACUUCGUGCAAGAGAUUUGGCUGUCCAAGAAAAAUUCGUCGAGUUUUCCAAAGUGAUCAACGAAAACGAAGCAAAACUCCAAAGAGCCAAAAACAGGAUCGAGGAAGAGAAAAAAGCAAUUGAGGCUAAACAGAAGAAAAAAGAAGAACUCGAGGCCAAAGUUGUCCAACUUAAAGAAAAAGCUGGAUCUUUAGAAGCACAAGUCCAGUCGAUGAAAAGGUAUGAAGAGUUUCUUGAAAAAGUCAGACUUAAAAAUCCAGAAGAGUUUACAGAUAUAAAUGAUAUUUUGAAUUUACAUACAAAGCUGAUUAAUGCAAAUAACCAGCUGAAACAGCAGCAAAAAGAGCUUGAAGAGGAAAACCAGAAAAUCAGGACAAUGAGAGAUCAGCUGGAGAAAAAGAAAAAAGAUGAGAUCAUGCAGCUAAAUAUUGAAAUUGCUCAGUUAAGCAAACAAUAUGAAGAUGUGGACUCCAAAAGGCUGGAUUUAACUAAACAAGUGGACGUUAAUAGUGCUUUAGCGACUGAGAAACAAGUGGAAAUAGGACAUAUUUUUAUGUAAUGGUUAUGCAGGGCUAUUGAUAAUUUGUAUAGAAGAUGCAAAGAAGGACCUAAUAUAAAUCACUAUAAAAAUCUAAAAGUCCAGCCUGCUUCUAAAGGUGAUGAUAUGAAUUCUAAAUCAAGUGAAGUUGUAGAGAAACUGAAAAUUAUAGAAGCUUAUCUUGCAGAUUUCAAAACUAUUGUUGAUCAGGCACCUAAACAUUUAAUUCAGAAUACGAAAACAGCUAAAUAUGUAUUCAAAUACUUGGUAAAAGAUGUUCAAGCUUCAUAUAUUAACGAAUAG